UCGAGGUUCGAGAAUUGUUAGAAUAUAAGUUAAAUAUUAGUUCUUUAGUGGCUGCAGAGAGUAUCAUAUGCAAAUAAGUGAAUGUAAAUUGCAGUAGUUGUAGCAUGUAUUUAUUUUCGGACUUCUUAGUUCUCGGCUGCUUAUUCGUGAAUGGCCUCUUUAUAGGUUAUUAUUAUAAAUUUGCUUACAUUUACGAUAAUCUUUGGACCCACUGGUAUGCAGUGGUUGGUGGAGUAGCCGCGUUACUACUUGCUGGUGUAUGGAGUUUUAACAAAUACAGAAGCAAGCAAUAUCGUUUUGAUAAUUUUUUUAUGAUUUUUUAUGGUCUUAUAUGCUCCAUCAUUAGCAGUUGCUUUAUGGUUACCGAAAAUGUUGAUAUAUCCUUUUACUUUGGCUUUGUGGGCGCAGUUAUCAUUUUUAUACCGAGUUUUAGUUUUAUAAGUUUACGGAGUAACGAACGGGGCUUGCGUCCUGCUUGCAUAGCUACAGGCAACACAGCUUAUUUCUCCGGAUUAGCGAUCGGUUUUACAGUAUUCAACGAAAUCGAACCAAAACUGAGCGCAUGGUUAUACCUUGGUAUGACUUUAUUGAUAAUUGUUGGUUUGGUGGCUAAUGAAGUCUUGCAACAUUAUGGCGUAUAUAAUUAUAAACAUUCUUGUGAUGUUGCAUUCAAUAUAAUGAAUGAAGAAAAAUGUCUCUUUCUACCACCUAAAUCAAUAUUUGCAUUAUUUGUGGGACGCGACGAUUUUUACUUUAAAAGAAAUCUACAAUGGUAUGUAGUGGCUGCGUCAAUUGUCUUAGUUUUAGAAAGGACCUGUGUGUUUUCUGCGUCAUUUUUACAACUGGCAUGGAGUGCUUCUUCUUCUUACAUGGGCUCACAAAGUUUAUAUGGACCAUUUUUACUAUACUCCAUCGGUUGUGGUAUUGGAGGUUUGUUACUAUUACGCUAUACACCGAAAUUUAUAUUCCUUAUGUUUGGUAUGAUCAAAAUGACUAUAAUCGCUGCAAUAUUGGGCGUUUAUAAGGAAGAGUUGACGGAGAGCUGUUUUGUCUUUAUUUGCUUUUAUUAUAUAUCAAUGGGUGUUUAUUCUAGCAUAGCUCUUCAAAUGAUAUUGGAAUGCACACCAUUUCUUUUUACCGAAUUGGUUUUAGCUAUUUUUAUAGCUUUAGAACUAUUCGUGUCGGAAUUGCUAAAGUAUGAGACCAAAGCAGAUAAUUCCACGUCGUUGUUAAUUGGAAUGGGCAUAAGUGAAAUGGUCUUAACACUUGCUGCAAUCGUUGUGGUAAAAGUUUUGCUACCGAAAUCAACUGGACUUAUCGAUAUAAGAAAUAAACUACUUGGUAUUAGAAAGCAGAAGGUCCUUAAUGAACAUUCAAAAAUUUGGUAUACAAAUCAUUUUCUACAACACAACAUACAGCCGGAAGAAGUAACAAAGAUAAAGUUGGAUGGUAAUCGUAUAUUUCAGCAAUAUCCGAAAAAGGAUGAGAAUUAA